AUGGCGUCCAGAAGAUUCUCCAAGUCUGUUUCAGCAGCCAUAAAGGCGCACAAUGCUUUCUCAAAACCCUCUCUCCUCCUCCGUUCUCGUCCUCUCUCUGCCUCUGCUGCUCACUUCAGCUCCUCCCGUUCCUCUCCCAACUCCUUUCUUUCCCGGCCAAACUCCUUCAUCGGAAACAAGAUCACUUCAGCUUCUCAAGCCGCCCCUCGUGGCCAACUAUUACCUCUUUCUCUCCAAUUCCCUUCUCUUCACCGCUUCUCGUCUAUGUAUGGAGAUGAAUCAGAUGAUGAAAGUGAACUUGAAAAGUGUGGCACGGAUUUAACUGAGAUGGCUAGACAAGGAAAGCUCCCUCCUCUCAUUGGACGUGACGAUGAAAUUAAGCGUUGCAUUCAGAUACUAUGCAGAAUGACAAAGAGCAAUCCUGUUAUCAUUGGUGAACCUGGUGUUGGCAAAACUGCUAUCGUUAUAUCUCUCGACAUGGGUUCACUGGUUGCUGGUACCACAUAUCGAGGAGAAUUUGAGGAAAAGUUGAAAGCAGUACUGAAGGAAAUAACAGAUUCCAAUGGGAAGACUAUCUUGUUCAUUGAUGAAAUCCACACUCUUGUUGGUGCAGGAGUUGGUACAGAUAGCACAAUGGAUGCAAGCAACCUCUUGAAACCAAUGCUUGCAAGAGGUGAACUACGAUGCAUUGGUGCAACUACGCUGUCUGAAUACGGCAAGUACAUAGAGAAAGAUCCAGCUCUUGAACGUAGGUUUCAGAAAGUGUACUGUGGCCAGCCAUCUGUUGGAGAUACCAUCUCGAUUCUACGUGGGCUAAGGAAACGGUACGAGUCACACCAUGGUGUCAAGAUAUCAGAUGACUCACUUGUUUCAGCAGCGGUUUUGUCUGACCGCUACAUCCCUGAACGCUUUUUGCCGGACAAAGCUGCUGCGAAGCUGAAAAUGGAGACCUAUUCUAAACCAGCCGAACUCGAGGAAGUAGACAAAGCUGUAAUCAAACUGGAGAUGGAAAAGUAUUCUUUGAAAAAAGAUAAUGCUAAAGCUUCUAAAGAACAGCUCAAGAAGAUGGAGACUGAAUUGACCAAACUCAAAUAUAAACAGAAAGAACUCACUGAUCAAUGGGAGGAAGAAAAGUCUCUCAUUACUAAAUUACGUUCAUUUAAAGAAGAGGUCGAUAAAUCCGCUGAACGUGAACUUGGUCUAGACCGUACUGAUGAGUUUAAGUACGGAAGACUAACGUCCCUCCAAAGCCAGUUAGAAGAAGCAGAGAAGAAUCUCACAAAUACCGGAGAGUCUGGACAGUCAUUACUCUCACACGGUGUCACCGAUGUUCAAAUAGCAGAGAUAAUAAGCAAGUGGACAGGCAUUCCACUGUCAAAUCUUCAGAAAUCUGAGAAAGAAAAGCUGGUCAUGUUGGAAGAAGAGCUUCACAAGAGAGUUAUUGGUCAAGAAAAGGCUGUGGAGUCAAUAGCAGAUGCUAUACGUUGCUCAAAGGCUGGUCUCUCUGAUCCUAACCGUCCCAUAGCUAGUUUCAUGUUCAUGGGUCCAACCGGUGUUGGUAAAACCGAGCUUGCAAACGCACUCGCGGGUUACCUUUUCAACACUGAGAACGCGAUAGUGAGGAUCGAUAUGAGCGAGUACAUGGAUAGUAACUCAGUGUCUCGGCUCGUUGGUGCACCUCCAGGCUAUUCCGGUUUCGAAGAAGGGGGGCAGUUGACUGAAGCCGUUCGCCGGAGACCUUACUCGGUUGUUCUGUUUGAUGAGAUCGAGAAAGCUCAUCCUGAUGUCUUCAACGUCAUGCUACAGCUACUAGACGAUGGAAGAGUCACUGACUCUCAUGGGAGGACAGUGAGUUUCAGAAACUGCUUUGUGAUAAUGACCUCUAAUAUAGGAGCUGACAAAAUCCUUGAGACUUUCCGGAACAAUCAAGAUCGCAAAGAAGAGGUUUAUGAGGUGAUGAAGCAACAAGUUGUGGACUCAGCAAGAAAAACUUUCAAGCCAGAGUUCAUCAAUAGAAUUGAUGAAUAUAUAGUUUUCCAGCCUUUGGAUUCAAAAGAACUAUCCAAGAUCGUGGAGCUUCAGAUGAGACGUGUGAAGAAGAUGUUGGAACAAAAGAAAAUAAGUCUUGAGUACACGAAAGAAGCUGUGGAUCUCCUUGCUCAACUAGGGUUUGAUCCCAACAAUGGAGCAAGACCAGUGAAGAGAGUGAUUGAGAAGGUUGUGAAGAAGGAGAUCUCCUUAAGACUUUUGAAUGGGGAAUUUAAAGAGGAAGACACUAUCCUUCUCGAUGUUGACCAGAUAAACAACAAACUGGUGAUCAUCAAGAAGCUCGAGAAUGACAGUGCUCAUGUCCAAGAAAUGGCUGCUUGA